CGCGACUUGAUGAUAAGAGCCAGAGUUUUUAAAGGAAAUGGCCGAGCAAUUCUAUUUUGCCGGACAAAGAACAAUGUGGAGGAAUUGCGAGUAAAAAUAAACUCUGCAGGAAGGAUCGAUACUUGUGCGGUUUCGUAUACAGGCGAUAUGGCAUGGCAGAGGAAGAACGAAAUACAUGUUUCAAUAUGUUUACAGACUUGGAAAGCAACGACAAUCGUAUUAUAGUAUGGUGGCCACGAAAGCUUUUGGGCUUGGUAUCGAUUACCCGGAAAUGCGUCUUGUGAUUCACUAUGGGUCACCGUCUACGUCUAUGGAUUUUGCGCAGGAAACAGGUCGUGCUGGAAGGGAUGACAAGUUUUCGAUUGCUGCUAUGUUUUACAGAAAGCAUGAAGUGACUACAUCAGCGUAUAUUGACGUUAGGAUGAAAAACUUCGUUGAAGACAAAUCAAUGUGCGUUCGGUCGUUUUUAGCAAGUGAGAUGGAUGGUCAAUGCAGUGGCUGUGACUUUAUGCCUGACUAUGUCGUUUGUUUUCGUUGUAACCCGGGAUUGCUGGAUGAAAUCAAAAUUCUCAUAAUGAAGUCUUGGUCUGAGUAAGUACUGAGUCUAAGCCUAAGCCUAAGCCUAAGUAGUAAGUAGUAAGAACUAAACAAUGUUGAAACUGCUAAAACAAAGGAAACACAAACCAGUUGAUGAAAAUUUGUUUCAAAUGUUUUCUUUUUAUUUUCAAAUGUUAUUCUUGUUGUUUUUAGACAGCUUUUCUUGGCUCAAUCUUGUAGGA